AUGUCUACUUCUUCUGGCGCAAGCGACUCUUGGAUCUCCUCUUUCUGUUCACUGCUUGGUCACGAGUAUUUUGCGGAAGUGACGGAGGAUUUCAUAGAAGAUGACUUUAAUCUUACAGGCCUACAAAAUCAGGUUCCCAUGUAUAAAGAGGCUCUAGAGAUGAUUUUAGACGUGGAGCCAGAAGAUGACGAUGACGAGGAGGACGAGGAGGAAGAAGAGGAAGAGGAAGACGACGAUGACGAUAUCGCUAUGAGAGACGAGAAUGGAAACAGGAUAAGAUCUUCGUUUGCAACGUCUCGGCAUGAACGAAGGAUAAAUCGCCUGGCUAACGACCUAUCGGUUAUCGAGUCAUCAGCAGAGCUUCUAUAUGGGUUGAUACACCAGCGCUUCAUUACCUCCCGGCAGGGAAUGCAGAUUAUGGCAGACAAGUAUGAGGCCCAACACUUCGGCUACUGCCCUCGAGUCUUUUGUAACCAGGCUCGCGUGCUACCGGUAGGAUGCUCCGACAUACCGGGUCGAGAAACAGUAAAACUGUUUUGUCCAAGUUGUCUUGAUGUCUACACACCACCGAACAGUCGUUUUCAAUCUGUGGACGGCGCAUUCUUCGGAACGACCUUCGGCUGCCUCUUCUUCAUGACCUUCCCCGACUUUGAUCUCUCCCAGAAAGAAGACUCUUUAGGUCUGUCGACAACCCACUCCGCUUUUGCUCUUCCCGGCGACACCAAUCAUCAGCCUGCUGUAGAACAGAACAAUCACAAACAUUCACGCUCGUCCUCCCUCACGACGACUCCAACUACCGCCACCGCGCCACCAAACUCCUUGCUCCAAAACACAACCACCAACCUUACAAGCGAAGAACAGCCUCUACCCCCUCAGCCACCCACCCUCAACGGUGUUGCCACAACAAAUGUAGCCCCUGGUCUUGGUAAGGGCAAAAUCUACGAACCCCGCAUUUACGGCUUCCGAGUCUCUGAACACGCGCUCACAGGCCCUCGAAUGAAAUGGCUUCGUUCGCGACCAAGAGACAUGAACGAGCUAGACGAGCGGAGAAAGUACGUGGAAAUGUACGGGGAUCCGGACGAUGACGGGCAUGACGGAGGAGAAGGCGGCGGAAAUGUGAACGGAGCGGUAGAUCCAUCGGCAGGGAUUGGGCGCAGGAAGAAAGCUGCCGUGCGGACGCGAAGAAGAGGCAACGCUGGGGAAGGGUCAGUUGCUGUGGCCAAUGGAGCCAGCGGUGCGGGGACUGGGACGGCCGGCGUUGGAUGA